CCUUCUCUUCCUUCUCCGUAUUUUAGUAUUCUUGCUUCGUUUGUGACCUAAGGCAAAAGGCAUAUUCUCUUGCAUACAUUUCUAGCUAGCCAAAACACAGACGUAAUCAGAUAAACUAGCCGACGACUGAAAAUGGCGAUGGUGACAACCAUGACCAAGUUCGAUGAAUGGCCAGAGCCCAAACCGAAUCGUACAUUCGCAUCUCAGUCCAAACUCCCUCGUCUACCUAUUCCACCGCUAGAAGACACAUGCAAACGGUAUCUCCGUGCACUCAAGGCGCUGCAAUCGCCACAGGAGCAUGCGGACACGGAGCGAGCUGUUCGUGCAUUCUUAGAGGACCCGACAAUGGGCCCGAGGAUGCAGAAGAGGUUGGAGGAUUGGGCAAAGGACAAAAAUAGCUACAUUGAGGAUUUUUGGUAUGAGAGUUACCUCUCGCACACAGACCCAGUCGUCCUUGCACUCAACCCGUUCUUCGUACUCGAGGAUGACCCUACGCCAUCUCGAGGUUCUCAAGUCCCUCGCGCCGCAGCACUGAUCACGUCGGCUCUGGGGUUCAUUCAUGACCUGCGUGCGGGUUUGUUGGAACCUGAUAAUGUUCGUGGUGUCCCACUUGAUAUGGAUCAGUAUACGAGGUUGUUUGGGACUGCGCGGAUUCCAACCCAGAGAGGUUGCCGCAUGCUCGUGAAUGAAGAGUCUUCGCAUAUUGUUGUUCUUCGCCGGGGUCAAUUCUAUUGGUUUGAUGUUCUUGACGGGGAGAACCGGCCUUUGCUCACCGAACGCGAAAUCUUACGCAACCUUCAAGCUAUAGUCGACGAUGCAGAUCGUACGCACGUCACUGAUGUCGCAAAGUCUGCCAUCGGGGUUUGUUCCACGGAGAACAGGAAGAUUUGGUCCGGAUUGAGGGAGCUAAUACAGGGCCAGAAGCAGAAUGCUGGAUGUCUUGAGGUAGUGGACGGUGCGCUUUUUGUCGUAUGCUUGGACGAUGCUUCGCCAGCAGAUUUGGCUCAACUGUGUGAUAAUUUCUUGUGUGGGACGUAUGAUUUGAGGAAUGGAGUACAGGUCGGGACUUGUACGAAUAGGUGGUAUGAUAAGCUGCAAAUUAUCGUCUGCGCGGAUGGUUCAGCCGGUAUCAACUUUGAGCAUACGGGCGUUGACGGACACACCGUCCUACGCUUCGCAGCAGACAUCUUCACAGAUGGACUCAUGCUCCUCGCACGUUCCAUUAACCCAUCAGCACCAACGCUCUUCCACGCACCUCUCAGUCCAUACGCAAAGUCCUACAAGCCUCCAAAGGGACAACAAGCACAACCUCCAAAGGGACAACAAUCACAACCUCCCAAGACGCCAAAUGGUAUCAACGGCCCACAGAUCUCACCUCGCAGCCAGAUGCUUUCACUAUUUAACAUAGCACCUAAGAAACUCGAAUGGGUCCUGAGUCCGCAAUUGCGCGCGGGUAUAAGGUUUGCGGAGACGAGGUUGAGUGAUUUAAUUUGUCAGAAUGAUUGUCAGGCGUUGGAGUUUAAGGGAUAUGGGAAGGUGUUUAUUACGAGUCAUGGGUUUAGUCCGGAUGCGUUUGUGCAGAUGGCGUUUCAGGCGGCGUAUUUUGGACUUUAUGGUCGGACGGAGUGUACGUAUGAACCUGCGAUGACGAAGCAGUUUUUCCAUGGACGUACGGAGGCGAUACGUACUGUUCAGCCGGAAAGCGUCGAGUUUACCAAGACAUUCUUCUCCGACGCACCCCAAAACGAGAAGAUUACUUCACUCCGCAAGGCCUGCGAACGACACGUCGCGCUCACGAAGGAAUGCAGCAAAGGUCUUGGACAAGAUAGACACAUGUAUGCACUCUACUGCCUCUUCCAACGUGAGAUAGCCGAUGGCAAGUUCGACAUCCUGCCUGACGAUCCAGUUCCUUCGCCCACCUGGCCGAGACGCGCGUUACCGGAGGUCUUCACGGAUCCUGGUUGGAGCUUGUUGAGCACGUCGAUUAUCUCGACGAGUAAUUGUGGGAACCCUGCGUUGCGGUUGUUUGGAUUUGGACCUGUUGCGGCGGAUGGGUAUGGAAUUGGAUAUAUUAUUAAAGAUGAUGGGAUUUCUAUUUGUGCAUCAUCUAAGCAUCUCCAAACUCGGCGCUUCCUUGAUACACUGGAAAGUUACCUACGUGACGUACAGAGGAUCCUUGUACACCUACACCGCGCGGCGAACGCGCCACCAACACCAUUCAUCGACAUCACAGGUAUCCUACGUGAUGCGCGCACAGGCCGGCCUAUUCAUGGCCAACCCAUUGAGGAUGAGAAUAAUGAGUAUGAUGAGUAUGAGGUGGACGAGGGCACGACUGGAUACUCGUUCUUUGAUAGUGGUGAGAUCAAGUUGCUUGGACGUGCGGAUAGGGAGAGGAGGUCUUUGCGUUCACAUGUUGGCAAAGUCAUUCCUAUGGCGGAAUAUUAGUCUUCCCCUUCGCAAGUUGGCAAAGUCAUUCCUAUCCUAUGGCGGAAUAUUAGUGAUGAAUAUAUGCGGUGUUGCCAGUUGCAAUUAAUUUCUUGUGUGAAAGGGUGGUUAUAAUGUACCAUUAUGAUAUGCUCCAUAAUUUUAUUUCUUGGCUCCAUCGGC